AUGGCAGGAGACGAGGCCGAAAUCGAGAAGCCAGUGCUUGACCGACGUCGAGCAGGCCUUGCAACUUCUGCUGGCACCGAGGAACCGGGAGCAUUCGCGAGCUUGUGUGGUCAGGCAGUGGACCAGCUGGACGUGUCAGAGACGGGCCGUGAGAUGCUCCGGGCUUAUGCACUGUUCACAGCCAUGGAAGAUGCCACUGAAGUUGCCAUGAGACGGUUCGGGUGUGGCCUGCGAGAAGCUGGGCUGGUUGCAUCAGUGAAUCAGGAGCGACAUCGAUACCAGGAUGCAGCAGCACGGCUUGCCUUUCAAGAUGAAGAGGAGGUUCUUGAGGCGCGCAGCCGGGAAGCGGCUGACAAGGCGGACAAAUGCAGAAGUGAUGCGCAGGAAAGAGCAGGCAAGCUGCGAACUUCCAAGGAGGGCUUCACUGAGACGAUCUCCGCCUUUCGCAAAGCCAAGGAAACCUUCCUGGCAGACAACCAAAUCCUGCAGCAGCGCCGCAGAGCUCUGGACCAGUCGGCGCAGGAUGUGCGCCGAUGCCAGGCCAAGCUGAGGGAGGCCCCGGCCACAUCAAGCCGCUGGCAGAAGCACUUCGAGCUUGGAGCCGACUUUCGAGGCAACUGGUUGCAAGGACCAGCUGCAGCAAGCUCUGGCGGUGUCGGGGCCGUUUCGCUGCGCGCCUUGCGCCGCGGCGGCGUUUCGCGCCGUCCAAGGCUGCCUGGCAUCCUGGAGGGCGAAGUGGCAAAGAGCUCAGACCCGCGAGCGGAUGCGAGCGGCGUGAACGCCUCCGCGAGCCGCUUCCGCGAGGCUCGAGACGAGACGGGCGAAGUGGCCUUGGAAGACUCCCUGAAGACGGCAGCUUUGUCAUCCCUGAAGCUGCCUGCAGAGGUGCGUGCGACAGCAUGCGACAGCCAGCUGGGGAAAUUUCGGCGUGCCAGGCUAGAGGAAGCUUCGACAAGGCCGUCCUGGAGCAGCUCCACGGAGCCCUUUCAAGGCUUCUGGAGGUGCAGCGACGGGUUACGGGUGGACGGGUGGAUGCCGCCACCCUCUCGAAUCCACUCCAGCUAUUUGCAGGCCUUGCCCGGGGCAGAAGCUGAGCAGCUGGCUGUCGAGGCUCAGAGCCACAUCGAAUCACAGCGACUCACGGCGGCCGUUCCGAGCGGGAGCGGACAGGAGGCUCGCGUGUCCGAGGAGGCUGCCGCGUCUGCCUUUGUCCAGGCCGAAAGCGGGGCGCGGGCAGCACAGAGCAGGAGCGCGCAUGCUCUGCGCCUCUGCGAGCUGGAGCUCCGCUGGGCUCAAGGUGCGGAGGGUGCCGCUCUGGAGUGCCUUCAAGAAAACGAGCAGGAGCUUGGAAGAGAGCUUCGCCAGUUCGAGCGUGAGCUGAAGGCUACCAACGAAGCACUGCAUCAGUUCAGACACGGUCCAAUGGCAUCGCUCAAGGUCCUGCAAGAGCCGGAAAUCGCGGUGGUGCCACUGAAGACCCCCACGAAGGGAAAGCAGGACAGCCAUGUGCAUGACCCAACAUCGGCAGGAGUCCCCACGCCUGUGCGAGCUGCUGCAGUACUGCAGAGAAGCAACAACACCAUGUGUAUCUUUGCAACAAAAUGUGCCACAUGUCGCUUUCGAUCCGGCAGCCGUACACUCGGCACCCAGAUGGGGUCCAAUGCCGACUCUGCGUCAUCAGGCCCACCGGAGGAAGCAGAAGUCCAGAUUGCAAGGGCCCGGCGUGCUCUUGAUAGACUCGCGAAUGAGGUUCAGGUGGUGGCCGCAGAGUUUGAGGGCUCCGAAGUCGAGGAUGACUUUCCGGACUUACCGGUCUUCUUGAGUUUGCCCCCCGAUGAGGUGUCACGAACGACGCUGCGGCUGAUGCGGAAGCUCCUCUGUCGCCGAUCGGAGGCCUCUGCCGCAGCUUUAGCAGAGCAGCGGCUGAUGGCCUGGACAUGGCAGUGGCUAGCGAUGGAUGCUGGUCAGCGACAAGAGCUGUGCCGACUGGCGGUGCAAGGAGGGGCGUCCCUGCCUGCGCAAGUCCAGGCCCGUCACCUCGCCUUGUUGAUCGACGUGCACUUGGCCCGGUCAUGGUGGGAGGAAAGGCAGCAGAUGCUGGCGCUGGGCGUAGCGUGCGACGAAGCGGCGUCAAGCGAGGAGACCAUUCGAGCCACUCGACGCCAGGAAAGAGGUGCAAGGGUGUGGCAAAUUGCCGUGUCCGCCAUGGCAGUGCUUCCCGAUACGGAGCUGGAUCUGAUCGGCCAGGCAGCCGUUGCGGAGGCGCAGCUGGUCCUGUCCCCCAUCAGCAUGGCAAGGGCGGUAUUGCACUUGGCCCCUUCCCGGAGGAGGCAGCUGAUGGAGAUCCUGAUCCAGGAAGGCAUACUGGAGGAGUCAUCUGCUUCAAGGUUAUUCCGGGCCUUGACAGCCCUGGAUUCCAUGUUGGGCACCGACGUGCUCGAUGCGCUGCUGAUUGGGAUGGAUACCGUGUGUGCUGGGGUGAGCUGGAGUGCAAAUGCCCUGGACUCGAUCGGGAAGCUGGGCUCCAGCACACUGAGUUCCGUGGGUGCCCUGGGCUCCUGGUCUUACCAAGCCAUUUGCUCGGAAGGCGAGCUGGAGCUGGGCACGUGCGAGGCCGAGGAGCCUGGUGCGGGUGGCGACGAAACGCAGCCCUCAGAGCUUUGUGCUCAGGAGCCCAGCCGGCCCGCGCGCAGCGCAUCUCCCAGGCUCAGUGCUGCGCCCGCGGAUCCCAAAGACUUCCUUUGA